CUGAGACGACCGAGAUUCCCCCAUUCACGCCGUGCUGGUUAAAGUCGAAACAAAACCGCGACUCCCUUUGAGCCACGCGCAUCAGUACGCGACAGGGUGGAAUAGAGAUGAGCUUGGGACCGUGGUGGUCGCGUAGGCAGGAAAAUGCCUUUGCAAUGUGUUCAGGCCAGCGGAAAGGAAUGCCCCGACGCGAAGGUGCCGGAGACACAGCGACAGCCGCUUCUCGAUGCGCUGGAAGCUUCCAUGUGCUUUGGCCAUGUCCUCUUUCAUCUUGUACAUGCCGGAACAGGGAUCAAUGCCCUGCAGCAGGGUCAGGCCGCUGGCAAUGGCCUCCUCCAGCUGGUCGAGCGCGUCCUUAUCCUCCCAGUCGGCCGAGAUGGCCUUCUGCGACGCCGCGGCGACGGGGUCGAGGACAUCGCCCCGCCAUGCCGUCUGCACCAUCAGACCGGCGUUGAAUGCCGCUGUCGGCUUGCCCACCAAUCGCCCUGCCCGCACCCCCCUCGUCCGGCACGACAACGCCCUUGUUCCCCAGCCGUUCAACGAGCUCGUCGGCCGCCUUCACCACCUCCUCGAUCUCCUCGUCUGCCCCGUCGCCCAAGAGGGCAUGCAGCUGGCCGAUGUCGCGGUGGUGGAGGACGAUGAAGAGGCCGAUCUCGGGCGCCUCCUGUAGCACCUUGCCCGUCGGGUGCUGCUGAGCGAUGACGCGGGCCUCGUAGCCGAAGGGCACGACCGCCAUCUGGUCGCCGAGGAAGGGGGCGAGGCGGGGAGGGGUGGGGUUGGCGAGGAGAAGAGUGGCAAUCGUGUCAACAAACUUGGCGGUGGCGGGCACACAGGGGUCCUCGAUCGGCUGCAGCUUCUUCAGGCGCUCGAGCAAUUUGUUGUGCAGCAUGGUGUCGCUCGUGACAUGGUCGCUGCACAUGAGGCGCUUCUCAUACGCCUUCUGGUGCGCCCGAACCGCCGCCAAUAGCACGGCAUAGAGCUCCUUGAGCUCAGACAAUAGCUCCCGACGGUGCGCAUCCCGCUGCCACUCGUCGGUGCUGCUGGUGUGGCGGUUUUUGCGGGCGAUGCGGGGGAGGCUGAGGCGCUUGAGCAGCCAGAUGGUGAGCGUCGUGUAGCAGCUCGGGUCUGCAUCGCAUCACCCAUACAGACACACACGCGCACACACACAGAGAGGCAUGACAGUGAGGCAUGUUCAUGUAUUCAUACACACCUGCUGCUGAGCUGUGGCUGAGCUCAACUGGCUGAGCUGGCUGUGGUGGUGGUUGUGGCGGCAGCGACUCGAGUAUCAUGGCAACACGAGGCAUGUUGUACCAAUGGCAUUGCUCCCACUUGAUGGCUGGGCGGCCAGGAACGAAUCUGCGUGACACUGCAGCACACGCACUCAUACAAUGAGGGGCUUUGCUGUGUUCUGACUCCUAACCAUUAUGCGGAGGUAUCGGUCGAGGGAUGCACACCUGCUAGUGGCUGCUGCUGUGGGCGUAGAAGGGGAGCCGCCUCGACGCGCGUCAGUUGCCUCUCGAGGUCGAUGCAUGACCCACAACGGACACAGACGGACAGAGGAACAAACAUUACGGCUGUCCUGUCUGCAUGCACGUGCCUCAGGUGUAGUGCACGCCCACCACAGGACACCCUCGUUGGCCUCGUUGGCCUCGUUGGCCUCGUCCGCCGCCUGGCAGGCCAUCAUCAU